CGUCUUCUUAAAACAUCACAUCACUCCUCCUCUGAGAUUCAUUUCUUUGUCUUUUAUUCACUCUGCAAAGAUGAUGAUGAAAGAUGUAUUCAGACCGACCAAAUCCGCACCUAGUUCUCCCGCAAAGCCACUCGGCAUCUCCCGCACUCGGUCUGAAUCAUUUCACGCUAUCCACAAAGUUCCUGUCGGAGACAGUCCUUAUGUCAGAGCCAAGAACGUUCAGUUGGUGGAGAAGGAUCCCGAGAGAGCGAUUCCUCUGUUUUGGUCGGCCAUUAACGCCGGAGACAGAGUAGACAGUGCUCUGAAAGAUAUGGCCAUCGUGAUGAAGCAGCAAGAUCGGGCAGAAGAAGCCAUCGAAGCUAUUAAAUCUCUCAGAGUCAGGUGUUCAGAUCAAGCACAGGAGUCUCUCGACAACAUCCUCCUAGAUCUCUACAAGAGAUGUGGGAGAUUAGACGACCAGAUCGCACUUUUGAAACACAAACUCUUCUUGAUCCAAAAAGGACUCGCCUUUAACGGGAAACGAACCAAAACCGCUAGGUCUCAGGGGAAGAAGUUCCAAGUCUCCGUGGAGCAGGAAGCCACGCGGCUGCUGGGGAACUUGGGAUGGGCUUUGAUGCAGAGAGACAACUUCUCGGAAGCAGAAGAUGCCUACAGGAGAGCGCUAUCGAUCGCGCCGGACAACAACAAGAUGUGUAACCUAGGGAUCUGCCUUAUGAAGCAAGGAAGGAUCGACGAAGCCAAAGAGACGCUGCGCCGCGUGAAGCCCGCGGUCGUGGACGGUCCUAGAGGUGUGGAUUCGCAUCUGAAAGCUUACGAGAGAGCGCAGCAGAUGCUUAGGGAUCUUGGCUCCGAGACGAUGAGGAGAGGAGGGGGUGAUAGAGUUGAGCAGAGGAAGCUUUUCGACGCCAUGUUUGGUUCUUCCUCUGUAUGGCAGCCUCAGCCUUGUAGAGAACAACAGAGCGUGAAGGCCGCGGCUAAACCGAAGAGUGAUGGAUACGGUGACGAGAACGUGAAGACGGAUGUGAAUGUGGUGGUGAACCCAUUGAGGGUGGAUGCAAAGCCGUUCUUCUCUUCUAAGCUGAUAAACAGCAAUAGCGAGAAGCUGAAGAGGACGAGAUCGGGAGUGUUGAGUAGCUGUGGUGGUGAUGAGGGAGAGGCAAACGCGAAGAGGAGACUGUCGAUGGAGAAGAGAGCGAUAGACUGUGGAUUACCAGACAACAAGGAGUUUGAAGAGGCGAUGAUCAUGGCUGUUUUGGGGACAGAGACGAAAGUGGACGACAAGAAGAGGCUUAAGUUUUUUCAGGAUAUCACUUUGUCCUCCUCCUUAAGCCCAAGAGCCUGAGAUAUAUAUCUCAAUCUCAGGCUCUCUCUAACCAAAUCUUUUUUUAUCAAGUAAAAGGAGAUGAGCUCUUGUUCUCCUUUGAUGUUGCUACAUUUUUUUUUAUCUUAUUUUAUUAUUCACAGUUAUUUGUUAUUGACCAAUAAUGAAAGCUGAAAGUUAUGUUC